UGUCCCUUGAUUUAUUUAUGCACUACAUUCACAUUAUUAUGAACUUUCUUUGUCACACUAAGAUGGCACUCGCGUACAUUUUCAAGUAGAGUAUCGCAAGAAAAUCGAACCAAACUGAUAGAUGAACGUGCAAUUGAGAAAAGAAGGUCCAUACGAUGAUCGUUUGCGAAGCAUUCUAUAUCGCUUUCUUUACUGCUAUUAUAAGGCUUUAGGCGCGCUACACUCAAAGCACUUUUAUUGUCGCAUUAACGAAGCAAGUGAGCAUAGGGGAAUAAGACUGAACGUAUAUUCAGAAGAUUGUCGUAUAUUGUAGUAGAGUAGGCUACAUUUCUCGAAAUAAUGAACUAACAACUAAAGGGAUUACCGUAGCGCAAGCGAUGUUUUUAUUCAAUGGAAUAAUAAGAUAUUCAUACUGUAGAUUUGAUGGGGAAUAACGCGCACAAGACAUCGGUCUAUUCCCCACGUGAUGAUCUGAUUUGAAAUUGAAAUGUCGCAAUGCGAAACUGGAUUGAAAUGCGUUGACGCUUCCGCUAGUGCGAGCGACUUGGGCAUUAACAUUUUCAAGCAAAUGCAUACGUUCAGAGGAUAUGCCCUUUGAGAAAAGCAAAAUCUUGAUCCGGAAAUAGUGGAUCGCUAUGUCGAUUGCGAAGAGGCUUUUGCGAGAUUUACUAACUAGUGCUUGGAUCUACUAACUAGACCAAAAUGAGCGCUAUAGGAAUAGCUUAUGGAUAUAAAUUAUACACAAGGUUGUUGGGUUAUUAGGUUAUUAUAGUGAAUUGAGAAGAGCGGAUAAAACGGUACACGCGCGGUUCAACGCGACGGUGCAUCCGAGUGGCGUAUAGCUGUUUAGCGUUUGGACUUGGUGACAAUGGCAAACAAAGCUGCUGCCAGGUUGAUUCGAGCAGAAGUUGAUGAAGCAGAGGCAUCGGCCAAGAGACUAUCUUCCUUUCACACCAAAGUCUGGCCGAGGGUCGAGAAAUCGAGCACAAUAGCGCAGACAAUGGGGCACUAAUUGGCGCGGCGCUGCGAGGCGGAAGUUGACACGCGCAUACUACGCAUUUGCGUGUCAACUCGAUGAUUUCUACGCGUUGCCAUCGCAACGCCCGCUGGCCGGCUAUAAUUUUGUAAAUUCAGCUCCAAUUAGCUGUGAAAAAUGCUCUCGAAAAAGAAAGGCAGGCAGGUAUACGGCACGCACGCUCUGAAACGACCUCGUUACAGUCCGCUCGCGCACUCGCAUCUACGCGGCUCGCGCGAUUCCCGUCCGUGCCCGAGCUGCUAAUCCGCGCAAUCGCAUAUUGCCGCGGUAGGUCGGCCAGUCGGAUAAAGAUACCGCCGACCCAACGAGAGAUCUGUUUGUAAAGGCCUCGAAUCCCAGCUGCCAACGAGAAGGGAGAAGGAAACGAUGGCGCGAACGAAGCUAUACGGCCGGGUAGCGCGCGUCCUCGUCUAGCUCUUUCAAAGCUCCUUCGAGCAUGACUCGCGUGCGCGUUGAUUACCGCGGCCGACUUUGAUUUGGUCCGGCCCUUGCGGCCUAUUCGGCUGUUUGUCUAUGCCUAUUCCAACAACGACUAACGACUAACUCGUUUCUUCGUCCGAGCAUGCUUCGCCAGUUUUAUGCUUCGCACGCCACACACCUCUACUUCUGCGCGCUACGUACUCGCGGUCUACGGCCGAUCUUUUGUCGCAAUUUCACUGGCGAUUAAUCAGUUCGGCUGCCUAAGAUGGACGCUUGGGAUUGCAGCUAUCCACACUGCAGCGGUGCAACGGCCCCGGGACUCUCGGCGGACAUGCACUUUCGCGACAAUGCGAUCGCGUUCAUCGGGCCGGCGUGCGCGUUCGCUCUCGAACCGGUGGCCCGGCUGGCCGCCUACUGGAACACCCCCAUAAUCACCGGCAUGGGCGAUCAGCCACCAUCCGAAGGUGAAUUGUCGGUCACAUCAGGAAUCUUGGGAAGAUUACACAAAUGGAAAAACGAGUCAUCGGGUAUAUUCAAGGACAAGAGCAAGUACCCGACCCUGACGAGAAUGUCGUAUUGCCAGUGCCGCUUGAAGCUGGUGUUCUCGAGCAUAUUCAAAGAAUUCGGCUGGUCGCACGUCGCUCUCAUCCUCGACAGAUCGGAUUUGUUCUCGCUGACCGUCGGCAAGAACUUGGAAUACGGCCUGAGGAAGAAGGGCCUGCUGAAGUUCGUUCGCGAGCUCGACGGCAACUCCGAGGAGGAGCCGUACCACUUCUACCUAAGGGACGCCAGUAUGUACGCUCGAGUGGUGAUCCUGAGCGUGCGCGGCACGCUCGUCAGGAGAUUCAUGUUGGCGGCCCACCGCUUGGACAUGACGAGGGGCGACUGGACCUUCCUCGACGUGGAGAUCUUCCAGGGCUCGUACUGGGGCGACCACGACUGGGAGAUGGGCGACGAGGAGGAUGGGGCCGCGCGCAAGGCCUACGAGGCGCUGUUGCGAGUAUCGCUGCUGCAGCCGACGAGUCCGCGCUUCCAGGACUUCGCCGAGAGCGUGCGCCAGCGCGCCCAGUCCGACUACAACUACACGUUCUCCGACGGCGAGGAGGUCAACUUCUUCGUGGGGGCCUUCUACGACGGCGUCUACUUGCUGGGCAUGGCCCUGAACGAGACGCUCGCCGAGGGCGGCGACAUCAGCGACGGCAUGGCCAUCACGCGACGCAUGUGGGACCGGCACUUCAUCGGCAUCACGGGCCACGUGAGGAUCGACGACAACGGCGACCGCGACGCCGACUACAGCAUCCUCGACCUGGACCCCAUCACCGGCAAGCGCAUGCGGCUCUCGGCCGACCUGAACAACAUGACGUGGCGGAUAAGGCCCGAGGAGCUGCUGCUGGAGGUCAGUCGGCCCUUCUCCUCCAAGAUGAACCUCGAGCAGGCGCUCACGGAAGUGGUAAACAGCGCGUUCCUUUCCAUUUUCGCGCGCGCGCUCGCUCUCUCUCUCUCUCUCUCUCUCUCUCUCUCUCUCUCUGCUCGCAGAACUUCGGACUGGAGCAGCGACUGCGCCGCGGCUCUCAGGCCAGCUGCGAGUCUCUGCCGCCGACCACGGUUUUCACCACCGUCGGCAUUUACAAAGGCGAACGAGUGGCCAUCAAGAAGAUCACCAAGAAGAAGGUCGUCGACGUCACCAAGAAGCUUCUGUGGGAAAUCAAGCAAGUUCGAGACGUCACGUCCGAGAACACCGUCAGAUUUAUCGGCGCCUGUCUCUGUUCGCCAUCCCCAACUGUCCUCAUACUCACGGAGUACUGCCCGAAGGGCUCGCUCAAGGAUGUUUUGGAAAAUGAGGCUAUCAAGCUCGACUGGAAUUUUCGAAUGUCCCUGAUUCACGACAUUGCCAAGGGAAUGGCAUACCUACACGCCAGCGAAGUCUCGGCGCACGGCAAAUUGCGAUCUUGCAAUUGUCUCAUUGACGGACGUUUCGUUCUAAAAAUCUCGGAUUUCGGGCUGAAAACGCUUACCACCCCUUCCGACUUGAUCAUAGAUGAAGCCUAUUACACAAAGCUGCUGUGGGUGGCCCCGGAAUUGAUUCCCCUGACGGUGACUCCUGGCAGUGUCGCCACGCAAAAAGGAGACGUUUAUAGUUUCGCUAUUAUUUUGGAAGAAAUUGUAAUUCGUGGCGGACCUUACGAAAUGGCAAGAACCUAUAUGACUUGUCAAGAAAUAGUCAAUAGAGUCGCUGCCUCGGAAUUCCAACCUUUUCGCCCUGAAGUAACGCAAAAAGACUGUCCAGCCGAUAUUAUAUCACUAAUGGAAAAAUGUUGGCACGAAGUACCUGAAGAGAGACCUACUUUUCACGCUAUUAGAGGAACUAUACGAGGAAUCAUGAAAGGCUAUUGUGAAAAUUUAAUGGACGAUUUACUGAGAAGAAUGGAGCAAUAUGCGAAUAAUUUAGAGGCUCUGGUCGAAGAAAAAACCGAGCAGUUAAGUUUGGAGAAGCGUAGGAGCGAGGAAUUGCUGUAUCAAGUACUGCCACGCCAAGUGGCUUGUCAAUUAAUGGCAGGGGAGAUGGUACAACCGGAGCAAUUCGAAUGCGUGACCAUUUAUUUUAGCGACAUCGUGGGCUUCACAGCACUCUGCGCAAAUAGCACGCCGAUGGAGGUAGUGGAUUUUUUGAACGACCUGUACAGCACCUUCGACCGGAUCAUCGGAUUCUAUGACGUUUACAAGGUCGAGACGAUUGGAGAUGCAUACAUGGUGGUAUCUGGUUUGCCGGAGCGGAACGGCGAUGAACAUGUCAAAGAGAUCGCUCUGAUGGCACUGGCCAUUCUCGAUGCAGUCAAGUCUUUCACGAUAAUGCACAAGCAGGACGCGCAACUGAGCGUGAGGAUCGGCGUGCACAGUGGACCCGUGUGCGCGGGUGUCGUCGGCCAGAAGAUGCCUCACUACUGUCUAUUCGGCGACACUGUCAAUACGGCAUCAAGGAUGGAAUCAUCCGGCCUACCCUUAAAAAUCCACGUGUCACAGGCGACAAAGGAUAUUCUAGACACGGUUUACGGCACAUUUGAUCUCGAACUGAGAGGUGAGGUCGAAUUGAAAGGUAAAGGAAAAGUGACGACAUUCUGGCUGACUGGCUGCUCCGAGCCCGACCCACGUCCACCAUCCUCAAAACACCUCAGUACAAGCUUGAUCGAUAACAACACUACCCUCAAUCCACUGAUAUUUCCUCCGAAUAAUGUUAAUGGACCAAAGCCAACUAACAAUACUUUUAUCAAUUUAUCAGAGUUAUAAAUCAAGUCUAUAUUUCUCAUGAUCAAUGUACAAAUAAAAAUUGAUGCCCUCGAUCACCUUUCGAUUACGCAUUCCUAAAAUGCAUAGCAUUACGUUAAUUUUACGGCAUUUCAACAACAAGAAGGUAUGCGCAAUAAAUAGCAAGACAUUUUUUCCAGGACAGUUAUUUUA